AUGGACGGUGGAAAUCUGACAGCGGAAGAAUUGCUUUCAUCGAAUGGAUCCAGCACGGCUGCUCCAAUUCCAUAUUCAAUGCCGUGUUGGGCGCCAGACGAUUACCUAAUCACAGAACGGUUUUGGAUAUGUGUUGUAGCAGGAAUCACCGUCUCUAUAAUUUCAAUUAUAUUCAACACAUUCAUAUUUUUUGUAUUUGUUACCAACAAACAACACAGACGUUCUCCAAAUCUGUAUCUUCUGUUACUUUCCCUGUUUGACGUAUUUAUCGCAUUUGCUUAUAUCGCUGUGAUGUCAGUUCGGAUUCUGAUCAACUUCACAUCCAGUGUGUUUCUCAAAUCCAUCUGGGUUCGAUAUAUGAUUCCGAUGCUAACUGUCUCUCACAUCGGAAUCACUUCUUCGACGUUCCUCAUCUGCUUCGCUUCCAUCGAACGGUACUGCAUUACAGUCAACAAUUUCCUGGUACCCUACCUGCAAAAACAUCGUCCGAUUCUUACAUUCAUCGCAAUCAUGUGUGGUAUUGUGAGCAAAGGAACCUUCGUGAAGGAAGUUGAUAUUCAACUCAAUCCAGACUGUUACGGAGAGCUGAACUAUUGGAAUGUUGUACCUUCAAGUCUCCUCGACGAGUUUCCGCUCUUCAACCAAUACUGGCGCUUCUAUUUUCGUAACAUCUUCACUAUUCUGGCACCUUUCUUCAUUCUACUUCUAGUCAACUGUCUUCUUCUAUUCCAACUUCGAGAACACGUAUUGAAGAGCAAGGGUGCAGAUCACGACAAGCAGAAUGUCAAAGAGAAGAAAGCCCGUAUCCGUGCAACUACGAAAUCAGUGGUUAUCAUCGUUUGCACCUAUCUGAUGUCCAAUUUGCUUUCCGUUAUUAUCACAAUCUGGGAAUAUAUUGAUAGUGCUUCCAUCUUCAGCGAAGAUUGGAUAGCAUUUUACGUUCUCUCUGUUGAUGUUAUUUCCCUUCUGACAAUAGUGGCUUCAUCUGCAAGACUUCCGAUUUAUGCAUAUUUCCAACCGCUUUUGAGAAAAGAGAUGGGACAAUGUUUGGGUGACUGGUGUUGCUGCAUUCCAGAGGACAACAAGAAAUUGUCUCUACUCGACGAACUCCAGAUUCCAAAGACACAACUGAUUUCCACUCCAGAUGGUGAAUCUCCAAGCAUCAGCUCAAAAAUUGAAUUCGUUUAA